AUUAAAGAAGAAGCUCUCUUCCCCCUCCUUCCCUCCCUCCUUCCCUCUUUUCUAUUUUUCCCUCCUUCCUCUCUCUCUCCCUCCCUCUCCUCCGCUUCCCUCCUCCGAUCUCUUCUCCCGCCAAUUCUCUCCGGCCGUCGAUCUCCAACCGUUUCCGGGAUCGCGUGGGAAUUUCUUCUGUCGGAUUUUGUCUUGCCGGCCUCGAUCGUGCGGGAGGUGCGAUGUCCGAGGUAGGAGGUUCGAAUCUGGCGCGCCCUCCCCCUCUAGGGCCGAUCCGCCACACCCUCAAACGCCACCGCCCCUUCCCCUGCUCCGAUCCCACCUUCGCUCCUCCUCCAGAGCUGCGCCAUCUGCUUGAUCCCGAGAGGAAGAUUGCCGCCGAGGCGGCUGCGGGUCCUGGCGAGCCCAAGGAGGAAUCAAUCUUCGCCAAGCUCCACUUGAUGCAGAUGUUGGAAGCUGAAAGUUGUCGAACCAAAACUGUUGAAUGGGCCGUUGGACAAGGACAUUCUAAACCAGCUGCUAGUCACACACACACAUCAGUAUCAAAAGCUAUUGGGAAGCGUAAUAAUAAGCAAAAGGUUUUGAAAAAUGGAAAAAAUGCACAGCAAAUUCCUGGAUCAAAUGCUGAUUCACCUCCUGACAAUUCUUUGACUCCAAGUAAUAGCUGCCGUUAUGACAGUUCUCUAGGCUUGUUGACAAAGAAAUUUGUCAAUCUAAUCAAGUAUGCAGAAGAUGGAAGCAUUGACUUAAAUCAAGCCGCAGAGACGUUGGAGGUACAAAAGAGGAGAAUAUAUGACAUAACAAAUGUCCUGGAGGGUAUAGGACUAAUUGAAAAACAGCUGAAGAACAGAAUACGCUGGAAGGGAUCUGAUGCAUCAAGGCCUGGGGAUAUGGACAGUGAGGCUGCAAGGUUGAAGGCUGAAGUUGCUAACCUUUAUUUUGAAGAUCUGGCACUUGAUGAAGAGAUAAGAGAAAUGCAAGACUCUUUGAGAAUGUUAUCUGAUGAUCCAAAAAAUCAAAGAUUUCUUUAUGUGACUCAAGAUGACAUCAAAAAUCUUCCUUGCUUUCAGAAUGAAACGCUUAUUUCCAUAAAAGCUCCUCAUGGCACCACAUUGGAAGUCCCAGAUCCUGAUGAUAAUGAUGGAUAUCCACAAAGGCGCUAUCAAAUGCUUCUUAGAAGCAUGCUGGGUCCAAUAGAAGUCUUCCUAGUCAGUCAUUUGGAAGACACCAAUCAGGUCAGGCUACCAGAUUCAGCAAUGGAUAUGUCUGCAGCACAGGAGCUUUACACGCAGGGGGAUCAUGAUGCAGGAACUCUUGCAAAUGUAGAGGUGCAAGACAGAGAUGUUGGUACCAUUUACUCACAACCCUCGUCAUCUGGAAUCAUGAAGAUCAUACCCCAUGAAGAGUCUAACGGAGAUGCAGAUUAUUGGCUUCUUUCUGAACCUGAAGUUGGCAUCACAGAAAUGUGGACAUCUAAUGUUAAUUCGGAUAGACGCAAAGGAACAGAACUCCAUCCUGGCUGAUUUUGUAUAAUUGGAGAUUCAGUGGUCUUGCUUGCUAUAUGUUUCUGCGGGUGACUGCCUAUGCGGCUAUGCCCCUCCUAGAGAGAGAGAGUCACACUGUACAGCACCCUGUUUGAACACAAAAUCAUGCGUUGGGAAUGACGCUCGAGAUUGGCUGUCACACGAAGUGUAAAUAAAAAUGCAAGAAUCCAUCUACAAUCCAAUGAGUGAAAGAGAUCAUUGUCUGAUUGAAUUGGUACGUCCACAAGGUAUUCAUCUUUAACUGUACAAUGAAGCUGUCAUCAUUGGUAUUGGCAUUAUUAUUUCCAAUUAUUUCUCUUCUC